UCUCAUGUUGCUUGGCCACAUAUGUCCUGGUUUACAUCUGUGAAAUGUUGGAGAAUGUGAUAUAGUGAAAGUUGCUGCUCUAAAAACUGGGGGCCCUUUAGAAACACAGGAUGCUGCCUUAUACUGAGUCGGUCCUUCUAUUUCAGUAGUGUCAGCUCUAACCAGCAGGAGUGGCUCUCCAGGGUUUAGGCAGUAUUUCUUUUACUGUAUUAGCCUCAUGUGGAGAUAUAUUUGAGAUAUAUAUUGGAGAUCUCUGGUACUCCCUUUGGUCUCCCAUCCAAGCACUAAUCACCAGGCCUGGCCUUGUUUAACUUCUGCCAUCUCAUGAACCCUAGGUAUAUUCGGGGUGGUCAUCUUAAAAAAUCCAGUUGGGAAUGCACGCCUUGAAAAUGGACUGCCUUGGAAGAAGCAUCUGUUUCUUUUUUGGAACUGGGUUUUGCCACAGUCUUGAACUGACAUGGUAUGACGACGAGUUUCAGGGGAUUGGCUUGCAAGGCCUUUUAAGCUUCCUGAGCGUGUGUGACAGGAUUUGGGCUCUGCUAUUGUGACUUUCCAGUGAUAAUGCCAUCCUUGCCCAAUGAGGGAGAUAAUCAAGGAAGCUCUUCUCUGAGUUUGCGUUCAAACCUGUCUUUCCAAAGCACAAUAAGAAGAAAAGUCAGAGAGAAGAAAAAGCAUGGAGCCAUCACUGCGAAUGUUGCUGGCACAAAAUAUGAGAUUGUCCGGGUAGUAAUAGAAGAGAUGGGGUAUAUCAAGACUCGUGAUGAAGACGAGACUGCAAAUCUGAUUUGGAGUGAUUGUGCUGUACAGCAGGAAAAGAUUGCUGAGCUCCGAAACUAUCAGAGAAUCAACCAUUUUCCAGGAAUGGGUGAGAUCUGUAGGAAGGAUUUCUUAGCAAGAAACAUGACCAAAAUGAUCAGAUCUCAGCCUCAGGAAUAUAGUUUUAUUCCUCGUACAUGGAUCUUCCCAGCAGAGUAUACACAAUUCCAGAACUAUGUAAAAGAACUCAAAAGAAAACGCAGACAGAAAACGUUCAUAGUCAAGCCAGCUAAUGGGGCAAUGGGGCACGGGAUCUCUCUUACAAGAAAUGCAGAAAAGUUGCAUUCUCAAGAACACCUAAUAGUCCAGGAAUACCUUGACAAGCCCUUUCUGAUGGAAGGCUACAAAUUUGAUUUAAGAAUAUAUAUUCUGGUGACUUCUUGUGAUCCUUUAAAAAUAUUUUUAUAUCAUGAUGGUUUAGUGAGAAUGGGCACAGAGAAGUACCAUCCCCCCAAUGAUUCAAAUCUGAGCCAGCUUUAUAUGCACCUGACCAACUACUCUGUGAAUAAGCAUAAUGAGCGUUUUGACCGGGAUGAAACUGAAGAUAAAGGCAGUAAGCGCUCUAUAAAGUGGUUUACUGAAUUUCUGCAAACAAAUCACCUUGAUGUUUCCAAAUUCUGGAAUGAUAUUUCAGAAUUAGUGGUGAAGACAAUCAUAGUAGCAGAGCCACAUGUCCUUCAUGCUUACCGUAUGUGUAGACCAGGGCAGUCUCCAGGAAGUGACAGUGUUUGCUUUGAAGUUCUUGGGUUUGACAUUCUGCUGGACAGAAAACUCAAGCCAUGGCUCCUAGAGAUUAACCGAGCACCAAGCUUUGGUACUGACCAAAAAAUAGACUAUGAUGUGAAAAAAGGUGUUCUGAUGAAUGCAUUAAAGCUCCUCAAUAUCAGAACAAGUGAUAAAAGGAAAAAUUUAGCAAAGCAAAAAGCAGAGGCUCAGAAGAGACUUUAUGGCCAAGGCUCAGUGAAAAGGCUAUCACCUGUAUCUUCUGACUGGGAGAAACAACGACAGUCCCUAGAAAGGAGGAAAGAAGAACUGAAAGAAAGACUUGCACAAGUACGUAGGCAGAUCUCCAAAGAAGAACAUGAAAACAGGCAUAUGGGAAAUUACAGGCGGAUAUACCCUCCUGAUGAUAAGAUGCUACUUGAAAAAUAUGAAACUCUGCUAGCUACUUCCUUUCAGACAUUCCUGUCUGGGAGAGCAACAUCCCUUCAACGAGAGAUGAACAACCCUCUGAAGAGAAUGAAGGAAGAAGACAUAUUGGAUCUGCUAGAACAGUGUGAAUUGGAUGACGAGAAACUAAUGGGGAAAUCAGUCAGAGCACGUGGACCGAAGCCCCUCUAUUCCAUGCCAGAGAGUGCCCAGUUCAUGAAGAAGAACAAGAACUACAGCAGUGGCAGUAGCUGUGAAAGCAGCAGUGAAACAUCUGAAUGGGAGGAAGACCCUGAGAGAGAAGAUGAAAAUGGGAAGAAGGAGAAGAAUGUCUCAUUUGAUCUCGAAGAUAGGAAAUUAAUAGAGCGAUCCAGCAGAAUGCACUGGAAGCGACCGCUUAAAAAAGUCCCAUCUUAUGCAUCUGCCAUCUCAGCAGCAGGUCAUAUCAGGCGUUCUGUCAGCUGCCCUCGAUCCAUUUCCGCCUUGAGUAUGCAGGCUGAAAACCGUCCUUUCUCUGCCAAGCCAGUGAAGCUCUCGCGCCAGUCUGCUGUGAGUAGGUCACACUCUUUAAACAGAGGUUCAUCUGCAGUCAAAAUAUCUCACACUGCCCACCAGGGCACUGUACAUUCUUCUGUGGCUGAUAUACACCAGAGAACAAAAAAACAAGAAGAAUCACUAACGAGGGAGACUCUGUUAGUUUUCAAUGAUAUGAAGAUCCGAUUCCCAGGGAAAACAAACGAAGAAGCAGAAUUAAUAAUUGAAGAUAUUAUGGAUAAUUGGAAAUAUCAUAAGUCAAAAGUGGCUUCAUAUUGGUUAAUAAAACUAGACUCUGCAAAACAGCGAAAGGUUUUAGAUAUUGUAAAAGCAAGCAUUCGUUCAGUUCUGCAGCGUGUCUGGAGAGUUUCAGAUGUGGAAUGUUUACAUUUGUACCGACUUUUUAACCGUGUGUUUAAUCGCCUGCUAUGGAGCCAUGGCCAAGGGCUGUGGAACUGUUUCUGCAAUUCAGGGAGCUCCUGGGAGACGAUAUUCAGUAAAAGCACAGAAGUGGUGACUGCCGAUCAGCUCCAGUGUUGCCAACGAAUAGUCGAGCUUUGUAAACAGUGCCUGCUAGUGGUUUACAAAUACUCGGCCGAUUCUAGAGGGUCCCUCACUGGAAUUAACCCUGAAUGGGAUAAUACAAGGUAUUCACUGCCAGGACCUUUGCAGUUCAUCAUGAAACCUUCCACUGGUUUUGGGUGUAGCUCAUCUGGAAUGACUCGCUCUAUCUUGUUUACACCUAGAUAUGACCAUUCAUGAAACAAAAGGGAAUGUUAUAUAUAAUGUGCAAUUGGUUUUAUUUUUUUUCCUUCUAAAUUUCAAAUGUGCGAUGGAACUGAACAUAGACACUGUUAUAUAUUUAUUACAGUAUGUAAAAUGUAGCUCAAAAACCUGCUGUAAACAAUUAACCUUUCUGGAAAUAUAAUAAACCUUAUUAAAAUGUUUACAGAGA